AACAGCUUUUUAAACAACCAAAUAUAUGAUUUUUUUAAUUUAGGAAAAAAGCACAGGCUGGAGAAACCAUUUUGGUUUCUCAAAAAACAGUCAUAAAUGACAAACUUAGAUAGUUUUAAUUGUACAUACGAUAAGAAGACAGCAGUAGACAUAAAAGAAGAGCCCGGAGUCGUCCCUCCGGCUAAAUCUUCUGCCAAUGCCGGGCCACCAGAGGCUUCACCAUUGAAGAAGGGACCCUGGACUGCAGCAGAAGAUGCAAUUUUGAUAGAGUAUGUAAAGACGCAUGGGGAAGGUAAUUGGAAUGCCGUUCAAAAGAACAUCGGGCUGCAACGUUGUGGCAAGAGUUGCCGUCUUCGAUGGGCUAAUCAUCUUCGUCCCAAUUUAAAAAAAGGAUCUUUUUCUCCAGAAGAAGAAGCUCUUAUACUUUAUCUUCAUUCUCAGCUUGGCAACAAAUGGGCUCGAAUGGCUGCGCAUUUGCCAGGCAGAACAGACAAUGAGAUAAAGAAUUAUUGGAACACGAGAAUCAAAAGACGGCAAAGAGCGGGGCUUCCGCUUUAUCCACCCAACAUUCAGCAGAAAGUUGAUGGUCAGAACCAAAGACAGGAGACGUUCACCAACAUCCAAAAGCAUUGUUUGGCAAAAAAUUAUAAUCCUCAUAUUUCUCCAACUAUGACCACUGGAUAUGAUAAUAUUGACACUGUUAAUGGCAACACGAAUUACAUCGGAAACUUCAAUGAUAACGAAUCACCUCAACAACUUCAAUCAUUUUAUUGUCCUGUCAAGAUGGAGCACAGUCCAACAGCAUUAUUACCUCCCUAUAUUGAGAAUCAAAAUUGGCUUGUGCCACCGCCAACAACAACGCUUGUGGACUACAACAAUAUAUAUCAUCAUAAUCAAUUUAAAGGUUCACAAUUUCCUGAGAAACUAUACAAUCAAGAUGUUUUGCUUGAGAACAUGCCACUCAGCAGUGUUGCUGCAAUGGAGCCUCCAUCUCCACGGCUGCCAUCAACUCCGAACUGUAACGAAUCAAUCAUGAAUUGCUUCUAUCAUAUGGAUAACUCGAAUAACUCAUAUAACACUUCAGUCUAUCAAGUCAUGCAACCGGCUCACACAAUGGUAAAUGAGGAUGUAUCAUGUCCAGCGGACAAGAAUAAAGUUUAUACAACCACGAUACUAACAGGUAAGUUCCCUAACAAGUCUGAGUUAAGUUCAUCAUCAAAGAUGAUUGAUGAUGAUAUAUGCAAUGAGAUGCAACAGCCAGCCUCGAAUCCCUCCAUGAAUUAUGAUUAUACCAUGGGACCGGCCGGUUCAUGGGAGCAUAUGUCAAGCAUUAAUUAUCGACCAAAUUGUUAACACAUUAGAUCACUAGGUCAAUAUAGUGACCGCGCUCUACCUUAAUAGUUUCAUCGACUAAAUUCUUGGAUAUGUAGUGUUUGAAAUUAUAAAGUUGUAAGUUGAGCUUAAGACUCUGUUUGAGGCAGCUGCAUCUUACCCGACUGUUUUGCAACUGUUUGUAAAUAAAUGACCAUUCUGCCCCUAUUAAGUAAUGCUAUUUGUAACAAAACAAUCUUUGACUAUAUAUUCAAUAAUA